UCUAUGACCAGAACUGAACAUGGAAAAUAAAACAAAGUUUAAUAGUUUUUCGUUUUUCAGUUCAUCAUUUUUUAUUCCGAUGAAGUGAUUAAAUGUUCUCUCAUCAGUUUGUUUUGUGCACGUUAGCUUAAAAUAAGUUAGGAGUGAGUGUGACUUCAACCUCUUUCAUCGAAAAAUGACAGGAAUCACCGAUAGUGAAUCAGAUGCAAGUAGUGUUUCAAAGAGAUUGAAUAAAAUUCUAGAGACGAGAGUGGAAAAUGACACGAACACUUUGGAAGGAUUGAAAGAGUUGUCAGUAUUUUUCAAGGAAAACACCCUGCAGUCCCGAAGAAACUUGAGGAGUAAAAUUGAAAAGAGGAGUUUAGAAAUAAAUGCGGAUUUUUUGUCUGCCUUUCAAGUGGUGAAAGAAAAAUUAGACUCAGUCUAUAAUGAUGUGAAAGCAAUGAAUGAAUCCGUCCAAAUUAUGACAACCCAGCUGCAUUCAACGAAAACUCACACUCACAGACUGAUAGAACAGACCCUAAAACUUCAGUCGGAUGCGAAGAAAAUAUCCAUGCAACAACAGGUAGCGGAGGCAUUUAUUGGCCAGUUUCAGCUUUCACCUGAGCAACUUGCCCUAUUAACUGAUUCUAACAUUUCACAAAGUUUCUUUGAAGCCCUUGAUAAAGUACACUCCAUUCAUGAACGCUGUCGAACUCUGAUGCAGUCUGGUCUUCGAACAGUGGCCCUCGAUAUCAUGGAGCAAAUGUCAAGAUAUCAGGAAGCAGGUUUAGAUAAAUUGUAUCGUUGGGCUCAGUUCCAUUGCAAAGGGAUUGAAUCGAUAGAAAUGAGUAAUCUUUUAACAAGAGCAAUGGCCAGGCUCCAAGAACGGCCCGUUCUCUUCAAGUACGUUGUUCAUGAAUACUGUAUCUCUCGUCGAGCUGUGAUGGUGCAAAUGUUCAUUGAUGCCUUAACCAGUGGUGGACCAGGGGGCACACCGAAACCAAUCGAGGCUCACUCAACUGAUAGCAAGCGUUACGUUGGCGACAUGCUUGCUUGGCUGCAUCAAGCCAUUCCAAAUGAAAGAGAAAAUAUUCUCCUGCUUUUAAGGGACUGUAGCAAAGAAGAACUCUCCAAAGAUAUAGAUGAAGCGCUGUCAAAUAUCACUGAAGGAGUUUGCAACCCCCUUCAGGUCAGGCUGGAGACUGUUAUUCAACAAGAAACCUCACCGUCCAACUUAUACUCGGUCAUAAGUCUAUUGAAGUUUUACCACAAUAUCAUUUCGUCUGUGAUUCCAGGAAGCGUGUUGGAGUCUGUAUUCAUCGAGCAAACAUCAGCCUGCCGAAAACAAUUCUUUUCUCUGCUGGAGGAUAUUGUUGCCAAAACGUUGCAAGACCGUGUUGAGGCCCCUCCCUCAAAUUUGACUCCAGCACCUGGCGUCCUCCAUUUACUGGCUCUUUUGCGCCAAGUUUUAAGUGUUGCAUCUGUCACUGAAAAUCGCCAAGUUGAUAUUGUCAAGAUUGUAGCGAGUGUGAUUGACCCUUUGCUUCAAGCAGUCAGUCUAAGUGCUGCGCGGCUCACCACGACAGACAUGGCAGUGUACCUUUUGAACUGUUUUCAUCAGAUGGCAUCCACCCUGGCUCUCUAUGAAUUUACAGAUCAACGCCUUGAACGCUUGCAGGCUCAGUCGGAUGCGCAAAUUGACACCCUCACAUCUGAGCAGGCUAGUUCUCUUGUUGCCAACUUAAACCUUGGUCCCAUUUACACCAUUCUUCAGGACAGCAGUGAUGCCCCUUUAUCGCAGAUACCUGGGAUGGAACCAGAAUGUCUCGACAGUUUUUUUGGAAAAUUAGAACAUUUUCUCAUGAUGCCUGAUAUGUUGCUUCUUCCUCAAAUCAACUAUCUGCAAAGCAGCAAUCAUCGAUUGGAAAUCCAAAGACGGGCCAACGAAGUCAUUUCUGCUAUCUACCGACAGCUGUAUCAACGUAUACAUGAUCCAAAGAAUAUGUACAGUAAUCCGUCCCACCUCAUGCCUAGAUCCCCGGAGCAAGUUCAUGAACUCCUUCUGGGAUUGAAAGAGCCCAAGAAAAACGAGAAUACAAGUGGUAUCAUUUCUUUGUAAUCAAUUAUUCCAGGUGUGAUAUGUGUGUGUUUCGAUGCAAUUGAAGCAAAUGAAUUAUGGCUCUUUGGAGAAAUUCCUGGUAUCUUUCUCUGUUUGUAACUAAGCCUAUCCUCGAUGGUCUUAUUGACUUCAUUUCAAAGAAGUAUGCCUAAUAAGUUGACUGAUUUAAGUAAAGGAAUGGAAGAUUCAGAGUCUUGAUUCUUACUUCUCUUUCCAAUGUCGAAAUGAAUAUGGUAGAUCUUUGUUGCUCUCCUAACCUCAGCCAACUGAUUUGGCGCCAACACAGAUUAUUAUUUUGUGACAAAUAAAUUUUUGCCGGAGCUUCGUAACAGAUCCCACUAAAACCUAAAUGUAUCUGAGGAAAUUUCAUAGGUCCUUCUGAAUUUGUGUUUUAGCAGUUUUCAAUUUUUGCAAUAAAGUUUAUUUUCUUGUUAUAAGAAA